AUGCAUACCGAACGUGAGAUUCUCAAGACGGAGCACCAGCGUCGCAUGGAGAUGAAGAAGACUCAUGAGCAGCGCCUGAAAGGUCGCUUCAUAGUCAACUACUGGGAUGAGAGCGAUGCUGAUCCUAUCUCUGUGACGGGAUAUGAGAAGUCUACGGUCUGCUCUUUAUCUGACCACCACGAUCUCCUUCGAGCACUUAGCCCCAACCUUGGUGAUGUCGAAUACUAUGAUACGAAACUUUGCAGGUGGAUACUGGACAACUGGGACCGUCCUCUCGAGGUCACCACUAACACCCAAGUGUUUAUUUGUCGGCGUGGAGUUGUAUGUAAAGAUCUCGGCAACUUACUGCAGAACUAUCAGGACGGUGUGGGUAACACAACAAAGGAAAGUGAAAUGCGAAAAAUGUGCGAAGCGCGGGAAGGCGAAAGUGCGAAAGGCGAAAAUGCGCAGAGAACAGGGAUGGUAGUGCGAGCAGUGGACAAGUGUAGAGAGACGAUAAUAUGGUGUAAUGGCUCGGAGCCGAAUAGGGAGCGCUCUAAGGAUGCUAAAUAUGGUCUGAUAAUGAAAAGGGACACACCUAGGAACUGGUUGGACGAUGGAUGGAUGCUCCUGGAUGAUGUGCAAUGGAGUGCGCUUAAGUGCGAGAAACGCGCUAAGCGUGUGUGCGGGAACGCGAAAUGCGAAAGUGAGAGCUGUGCAUUGUAUGCGCAAAUGACUGGAGACAUAGCAGAAGUUGCGUAUGGAGUAGGGCGACAAGUGCGAGAGAAACAUGCUAAGCGCGUGCAGGAAUGCUGCGCGUUGUGUGGGAAAGUAGCGCGCCUAUGGCGCGUUUUGCGGGAAAGCUGCGCGUUGUGUGUGGAACGACUAGAGACUUGA